AUGUGCGGAGAUGAAAGUUCUAAGAAAUUACAAAAGAUACCAUUAUCAAAUGAUACAAUUCGUUUACGAAUUAAUGAUAUGUCAUUUGAUAUUCCUGCUAUAAAAAUUGCUGGUUUAUUUAGUAUUCAACUGGAUAAAACGACAGAUGUAAGUGAAGAUGCUCAACUCAUGAUUUACGUGCGGUAUCCAGGCUUAACAGAUAUACAGGAGGACAUUUUAUUUUGCAAACCAAUGUCAACAACAACUAGAGUUGAAGAUAUUUUUCUUAUAGUCGAUUCGUUUUUUAUAGAAGAAGGAUUAAAUUGGAAUCAGUGUUUCAGUAUUUGCACUGACGGUGUAGCUGCCAUGACAGCAUCUCAAAAGGGAUUUUCGACAAGAGCAAAACAAAUGAAUCCACAAAUUAUAUCGAUUCAUUGGUUGUUACAUAGACAAAAUCUUGCUUCAAAAAAAUUAUCACCCGAAUUAUUUAUCGUUUUGGAUGAAUUGUUGCGGUAG